AUGCGUUCAAGGUUAGACCCUAGCUUCUCAGAAUUCUUGCUACGCAUUGGUGAUGGGACUGAGCCAUAUGUCGUCGAUGGAAUGGUGAAACUACCAGAUGACAUUGUAAUGAAUUGGGAAGGUGAGCAAUCUGUUGAGAAAUUAAUUGAUGAGGUUUUUCCAGAGCUCGGAAAGAAUGCAAGUGAUAAAAGUUACAUGAGUCAGAGGGCCUUGAUAACACCAAAGAAUGAUUUCGUUGAAAAGCUCAACCAGAAAGUAAUCAACAUCUUUCCUGGGGAUGAGGUAGUUUAUCAUUCUUUUGACAUGGCUAAAGAUGACUCUAACAAUUUGUGGGCCAAAGAUUUUCUCAACACUAUUGCUCCAGGUGGAUUGCUUCCUCAUAGGCUUAUACUCAAGAUAGGUGCUCCGAUAAUUCUUUUGAGGAAUCUUGAUCCCAGUUAUGGUCUUUGCAAUGACACGAGGUUAUUAUGCAUAGGUUUGUAUAGAAACUUCAUUGACGCGGAGAUCGUUACCGGUAGUUGUUCAGGGCUCAGAGUCUUGAUUCCAAGGAUACCCAUCGAACCUCCCAAAGAGGUGAUACUCCCAUUCAAGUUCGUCCGCAAGCAAUUUCCAGUUCGUGCGGGUUUUGCAAUUACGAUAAACAAGACACAAGGGCAGACAAUACCACAUGUUGGUAUUUAUCUACCGGAACCGGUGUUUAGUCAUGGAAAAUUAUACGUUUCUUUGUCUAGGGGAGUUUCAAGAACUACAACAAAAGUGUUAGUUAAGAAUGGAGUUCUUCCGGAUGUCUCUGGAACAUGUACUAAAAAUGUUAUAUUCCAAGAUGUUCUCAGGUCGUCUGAUAUUGCUGAGUGA